AUGACAGUAGAUUUACUUCACUUUAAGAAGGAGCUUGAUGAGUUUCUUGCAUCAUCACAGGGCACAUUAACCCCUGCAACCUCUUCAAGGGUUGUCAAAGCUCGUGAAAAGUUAAAGAAGCUAACUUCAAUUCAAUUCAGUGAUUUGAGUACAGACGUCUAUGAUGAAUUGAAUAGACGGAAAACAAUAGAUGCCGAUCCGGAGAACCCUAACCACCCGAAAUUUCUACCAUCGCAAGCCAAUUAUCACCCGAAGAGAAAUCAAGCAAGACAAAAAUUGGCUGCAUUACCAACAUCAAGGUUCAAAGAUUUGGUGAAUGAUGUCCUUUUUGAAAUAAAUAAUAGGUUAUCUACUACUGACGUAAAAGAUCAAAAGGAAGCUCCGAAUUUAACCAUUGAUGUCUCUAAGGCGAACAACAAGUCGGCUCCUUUUCCAACGAUAUCAGGCGCAAGAACACCGAUUACACCAUCCCAGAGAGAAAUCAAGCCAACGACUUUAGUUCCGAAAAAAACAGAGCUGACGUGGUCAUCCGAUGAAGAGGAUGAGCCCGAAAGUGCAAAUACCAUGAGAGAAGAAGGUGGUGUUGACUACCAAGGAAGAUCCACUGAAUCUAAUCAGCAUGAACAUAUCAGAUCUGGCGAUAUGAAUGAAAUAGUGCUAUCAAAGUCACCAAUUGGGUCAGCAUUGAGCACCCCAUCACUUCCGAAAUUUCAGAAAAAGGAAAACUUGUCGGUUGUGCCAAACGAUGAAAGUGCAUUACACAGAUCUCCAAGCAAAAGAUACACUAUUGCUACAAAUGAGGUUUUGAAUGAACAUGCUCCCCCAGAUGUUCAGUUUCCAGUUGAUGAAGAUGAUGAUGAAGUUCAUUUGAGUAACUACAGAGCCCAUGACAUUGGGGAAAAGAAUUUCCAUGUAAAAGAUACAGAUAAGGGGACUAAUUCUGUGAAUAAUGUAGAUGAAGGACUAAGAGAUAAAAUUGAGUUUUUAAGCCGAAAAAAUGAAGAAUUGGAAGAUAAAUUGAACUUUCUAAAUGUUCAGUACGAGGAUUACGAUGAGUUGAAGAACGAGUUGGAUCAAUUAAGAACUAAUUACGCAGCACAAUCAGAAGAGCUUUCUAAUUUAAAAGAGAUUGCAGAUGCUAAACAUCAAAAACAAUUGAGUGUUGAAGAUUCGAAGGAGUUUGAGAAUUUAAAGUUCUAUCUUGACAGAGUUCUGGAAGAAAACGAAGAGCUUAAAUCUAAGCUAUUAAGACUAGGCACAGACCCAAAUACUCCUAUUGAAAAUAUUCGCAGCAUCGAUCAUGAUUCCGAGAAAAAUCCCGAACAUUUGUUAAAUGAAAAUCAAAAGGUAACACAGGAUUAUAAUGAACUGUCUUCUGAACAUCAAGAAUUAUGCCAAAAGUAUGAAUCCUUGGUUGCUGAACAUGAAAGACUCUUAAAGGAACGUUCGUCUCAUCCAGACCAUUUAUCACAAGAAGAAAAAAAUAUUUAUAUUCCUCCUAUUACGCCAACUGAAAACAGAGGGACUACUAUAGUACUAGAUCAAUCAGAAUGGGAUAGUAAGUUUGACCUUUUGCGUUCUGAACAAAUUGAGAAAUGCAUAAAAUUAAUUCCUAACCCUGCGAAAGGAAAGUCAAUUUUCCACUCUGAUGGUAUAAUUCCAAUUUCCAAUAUCACUGCCGUGAAUGUGGCUUUGGAAUCGAUAUAUCUAUAUUUAGAUCAUAUUAAAGCCCAGCAAAUGUCUGGCAGAUUUGAAUCAAUAACAUUAUUUGAGAAAGUUUCAAAAUUUGUUACAAGCGUCAAUAAAUUGUCAAAAGAUAUAAAGGUGUCUUCAACCAGCAAACUUUAUUUACGUAUUGAGGAGAGAAAAAGGGUACUCAAGAAUGGCAUCUCAAAUCUUCUCACAAUUGCUAAACAACAGGCUCUGUUUUAUCCUAUCAUUCCAAACUUGGUCUUGCAUGUUGCUGUUAAUGAAGUUUACCAUAUUAUUUGUGACUUUGUAACCCUCGUUAAAAUUCAGAAGGACAGUAGUCAAGUGGAAACUACUGAAGAAUCUACAAUCGAGGAAAAUCCAACUAUUACAACCACACCUCUUGCGUUAUCAAAAGCGGGUAGCGUCACAGUCAACUCAUCUCCAAGUGUGAGACCAUUGAGGAUAACGCAAAGGCUCGCUGAUAACGAAUAUACAAAACCUUCACAAAGUGGGCAUUCAAGAACAGCAUCUCCUAUGCUUUUAAGCAGUUCUAUUUUACCAAUGAUUGUUCAAUCAAGUGAUAAUCUAGGUAACUCUAGUUCCAACAAAAAUGCUUCAUCAUCGGUAGCAACUGAAGGACCAAGCAGAAUUAGCAAUAUGAAGGAUAAAAUAAAGAAAAAUGAUCUUGCUGAGUCACCUACAACGUCUAGCUCGAAGAUCCGUGAUCUCGAUAAUGCUAUUAGUAAGGAUGGUAAUCUUAAACCAGAAGAUAAUACAUCUACUCGUCUUAUCGGCACUACCAAGAAGGAAUCUGAUGAAGAUUCAAGAAAUCAUCUAAGGAAAAAUGCAAACCCUUUUGUUGAGGGUGAGAAUGAAAUGAACAAUGAUCCUCUGGACAUGGAAAAAAAUGAUUCAGCUUUGACUAUAGAAUUAACUACAAGUAAGAUUGCUAGUAGCGGACUUCAAACCCCAUUCAUUGCAUCCACAACGAUGUUGGCAGCUGCUGCAAAUGACAUCUCUGAUGGCCACGAUAAAUCUACUAAUAUUUCUGAAAGUUACAAAGUACCUAAGGAUUUUCAAAGUGUUUCUGAGAAAACUAAUAACUUAUUAACCGACCAUCCGUUAUCCGGGAAAUUGAAAGGCGAUUCAGCUAUUUCUGAGAUCACCAACGUUAAAAUGGGAGGCUCUAAGGACGGUCGUGAAUUGUCAUCACUGGAAGUUGCUAAUGACGCAAAUUCAGACAAAGGAACUUUGAAAAGCACAAGUAGUGCUACACCGGGCGAAAUAAGAGUCAUCUCGAGGAACUUUGAUAAGGUUUUUGAGAAGGUUGAAGACAUACACCCUAACGAUAUUGAAAGCUUAAAAAAAGCUGGUGUUGCUACUACUCUAAACAGCAAAAUCAGAGAAAUCAAUUCGUCUGGAAAAAUAGGCAACUUAUCCUCAGAUCUCAACAUUCCAGCCAUAACUUCUGACAAGCUAUCUAGCAAUGCUAACAGCGUUUCCAGGAAUUUUGAAAUUCCAUCCAGAGUAGGUGAUGAUUCUUCCAGAGAGGCCAGCAGUACAUUUGAAAAGGUUGAUGAUUCAUCCACAGAAGUUAACAAUGCAUCCAGAACAGCUGGUAGUUCAUCGGUAGAAACCGGCCAUUUAGCAAAAGAAAUGAACAACUCAUCCAACGAAGUUGACAAUACUUCUGCAGAUCGUAGUAAUUGUACUGCCAAUGAGAACAAUUCAUCCGAAGACAUUGGAGUUCCACCCAGAGCACGUGAUAAUUUUUCCACAAAGGUCAGCAAUACAUUCAAAAAGGUUAACAAUUUAUCCAAAGAAGUCAACAAUCUAUCCAGAUCGGGUGACAAUUCAUCAGGAGAAACUGCUCGUGAAGUCAGAGAAGUCUACAACCCAAUCAGAGAAGAUUACCUGCCAUCAAGAGAAAACGACAAUCUAUCAAGAGAAGCUGAUAACUCAUCUGGAGGAAUUAACAUUGUAUCCUCAAAAGCUAGCGAUAUAUCUAAAGAAGAUAUGAGCUCAUCUAGAAAGAAAAAUACUCAAUCUAGACAAGAUAACACUCAAUCUGGAAAAGAGACUACCCAAUUUAGAGAAGACAAUAAUCUAGCUAGAUGGGAUGGGAAUCAAUCUGGAAAAGAUGACAGUCCGUCGGGAGAAGCUAACAGUCCGUCGGGAGAAACUGAAAAUCAAUACAGAGAAGUUAACAAUAUAACUAAAAAGCAUGCCGGCCCAUCCAACACAAUAAUCAACCCAUCGAAAAACAACAGUAAUCAACACAGUGGUAGCUAUUUCCCCACCGAUGACAACAAUAUGCUCAAAGAAGAUGAAAUUCCAUCCAGAGCAGGUGAUAAUUUGUUUAGAGAGGUUGGCGAAGUUGACGAUAGCACAGAGCAGGAUCAUGCUGUACUAGCCAUGAAUGAUCCAAACAAGACCAUUGAUAGUAAGCCUUUUGAAACGAAAUCGCUCAAAAGAUUAAACGAAGCCGCUGAUACGACACAACAUGCUUUGAAUAACUUUACUGAUCAGUCUGAUACUUCAAGAGAAUCAAAUAAUCUCUCCAAGGAUGGAAGAGUAUUUAAGAAUACUGGCGUCGGAUCAGGUAAGCUGAAGAAUGACAUCAAGAAUCUUCAAUUUGAUGCUUCAGACGGAAGGACUAAAAAUUCUCAUGAUGUAGGUGACAAUUUUGAAAUCUCCUCUUCGAUUAAGCAAAUUCCAGAAAAACCUACGACUAUUUCUACUAAAUCAAAUGGGGUACCACCUAACGUGCUUUUGAAAAACAAAAGUAAGGAAACAUCAUCUAUAAGAUCUGAAAGGAACCUUCAGAACUCGGAUAACAGGUCUGAACAAUCUGCUUUACCAAUAAAAACAGUGCCUGUGGUCUCUGGUGCCGGUUUGGGUAUCCUUGGCACCAUUGUUACCGAUACAAUGAAGGAACAUCCAAAUUCAUUUGGGGAAUCUAGAGAUAACGUAUCAAACAGUUCGAGUGAGUCUGUUAAUUUGAUCGAGAGAUCUGAUUAUAAGGAUAAUUAUCAGUCAGCUGAUAGCCAGAAUGGUUUCAGUAAAGCUAAUCCAACUCCAAGUAUUUCUGAGCCAGAAGAUUAUGAGACUAUUAGAAAUGAUGAUGAUUUAAAGAAAGUGGAAGUACUUUCAACAAACAAUGUUACUGAGAGACAGAAUGGUUCGAUCAGUGGUGCACGCAAAGCUGUUGAAAAGCCUAACAAGUCUUCUCAAUUGUUUGAAGGUUCUCCUGUAUCAUCGAAACAACAAACUCGUGACAGUGGAUUACAAUCCCAAAGGUACGGGCCUUCUGAGCCUCUUGAAUCUAACACGGAUAUCACAGCAAUGUCUGCUUUAAACAAACCCCAAUUGGACUUGAAGUCGACUGAGGGUGGAUCGCCUGAGGAGGAUUUUAACACUUACGGGAAUGGACUUCCUUCUGCCGGUAGUGCGCUGGAUAUUGAUGAAAAGUUAAUCAAGAGGGUCAGUAGAAGAGAAAGUAAGAGAGUCAGCAAGAUGGCAGAGCCACAUGUUGCAUCAAUUGAGAAUCACAAGACGCACACAGAACAAUCAACUCAAGAAAUGGAACCUGGUAAAAGUGGGUGGAACUACACUGAUGAGGAGGAUGAAGAUUAUGAUGACGAGGAUGAAUUUGAUAUCGAUAAGUUUAAUACAUUAAACCCAGACAACACAUUACGUGAACUCUUGCUUUACUUAGAGCAUCAAACAGUUGAAGUUAUAAAGGCAAUUCAACAGACAUUGCAGAGCAUCCGUAAUCCAAAGGCCACCGUUGGUUUAUUACGUGUUGGUGCUAAUGAGAUAAAUAAUGUUGUCAAACAGAUGGCAGAAGGUACAAGUACAUUAAUGAACCAAUCGAGAUAUGUUGAAAGUAUGGGACAUGCAAAAUAUGUUGUUGGUGUUCUAGAAGAUUGUGUGCUAAGAAUGGAGGGAUUAUAUGGUGAAGAUACUAGUAAGGAUGGAGAAUAUGCAGGUAAAGCAUUUAAACAGCGUAGUGCAGGUAUUGCAUUUGAUGUUGCUAGGUCAACUAAAGAGUUGGUUAAAACCGUUGAAGAAGCUUCACUUCGUGAUGAAAUUGCGGUUCUUGAUUCACGUUUAAAAGGUGGCUUAUGA